AUGACCAGCAAGCUCGUUUCCAAGGUUCUCACUAGUGGGCAAGCCCGCAAAAGCUUUGUGGAUAUAGCGGAAAGUGCAAGAAUAGCUGGAAUGUCUCCCCCAGGUGCUGAGAAUCCCGACGGUGUAUCUCCUCACUUGUCCGAAAAUGAGAAAUGUGGAAAAGGUGGAGAUAAGGAAGACUGUUCUUCUGGUAUCUGUGCCGACAACUACGAUAAUCAUCUCCUGAUAAUAUUUGAUGACGAAGAAGAAAAAGCAAAGGAACAUAAAGAACAAUAUUGGUGCGUAUCAGAAGACAUAGUCACAGAUCAGCCUUUUAUUUCUCUUAAUCAAAGAACAAAUGAGCCCAUAGUUGCGAAUGUGUUCAUGCAAAGUCGGGAUGAAAGACCAAGUAUUAUAUUGGAUGAAGAAAAUGUAGAGAAGAACCAAACACAAGCUCUUAGCCCUAACCUUCAGCCUUCAGUUGCAGAAAUAAAGUUCCUUGAUGGGGAAAAGAAUCUCAACAGUCCACUCACACCUAGUGCCAAGCUAUCUAAAUCCCUCUUCAGUUCUGUGGACAAAAAAAAGAAAAGGGAUAUCUCCUUUGAGGGCAUAAAUGAAUAUGAGGCUAUUUUGUCUUUGGCUGCGAGAGACUCCGUUGUCGUUGAUGACUCAAAAACCAAACAUGGGAUUUGGAAGAAAAAUCCAGAAAACCUCAAGCGUGAAAUCAAGGGUUCAAAGUCCAGCUUUCUUAGUUGGUUUCAGAGGCUGAAAUCUUCUGACAAGCACUUUGAUGGUGAUAGUUUGGUGCCAGGCCGUGAUCAUGUGCACGAUUCGUGGAACCCAAACCAUGGUCCUGAUUUGUAUCUCGGCACAAUUGACUCGAAUGACCUCUUGCGCUUUCAAGAAUUGGCGCAGCAUACAAAAAUCAAAUUCAGGUCAAACCAGCCUUUUGAAUCUUCAAUUGAAACCUUUGAGAGGCCAGUACCACUCUCAUGUACUCAGGAACAAGGCAGCCGUAUCAAUUCUGACGAUCUUGAAAGAAAAACAAGCAAUAGGUCCUUCGCACAUGAAACACCUGGCUUGGAGGCACUUUAUUUGACGGAUGAAAUGUGGCCCAUUUUUCAUGUGUGUGGUUCAACGAGUUCAAGUAAAAAUAGAAAAGCUACUCGCCUGCUAACUCUUCGAGGAUCUCUUAUUUCCAAACCCAUUCCAUUAUCACUUUUUUGUGAUGAAGGGGUUUCUGAAGAGGGUGAAUUUGCUGUCACUGAAGAUUCUUGUACGGAUGGCACCAAUUCAGACAGAAUGUCAUUUGGAAGUGAAAUAUGGGAUCCUCAGAAGAUUCCACGUUUUAUUAAUGGUGACAGCCCUCGUCUGGACCCGAAUGGGACUCUCCAUGAAGAAUCUAAAAAUGAACUUGCGAGCUCCCCCCAUUGUGCAUCCAGAACCAAUGACUGCAAAACUAGUGAUAUUACACAACGCAGGUCGUACAGAACGUUCUUGCGGCCUCUAUCAUUAGUUCCAAGUUGCUUGAGUAUCUCAGGGAUUUAUGAUUCAGAUGAAUGUCAUCAAAAUGCACCGCUCGGCUAUAUCACAGACGAAGGCUUACUUUUGCAACCAAUUCGUUGCGACUCUCAGUUUGAGACGCAUUCGAAUUGUGAAGCAAAUUCCUCUGUUUCCAAAGGAGGGUAUUUAAAGGAGCUCAAACUUGUCAAAAAAAAUCUCUGUGGAAGCCCCAGAGAUGUAAAAGAGUGUAAUUCGGAACCCACAGUGGAUGGAGAACCACAAGUACCUCACGAAGCACAAACUUCUAACUCGCCUGUCAGUCUGCCUGCCCCUUGCAAUGAUGCCUCUCUGGCUCUAUGCAUUACAAAGACAGAUCAAACCAUCCCAAAAGAAGUAAUUGAGAAGAUGAAUCCCGAAGCUUAUCAAACAGAAGAUUGCUUUAAUCAUUACACAUCAGAUCCCAUUUCCAAGAUCGGGCAAUUCUUCCAAAAGAACAAAAAUUCUAGGCCAAACACGGAUAUUAAGACAUCAAAAACCCCUUCAGGCGUAUGUGAUAAGAGACAUACAUCAGUUAAGCCCUUGUGGAUUGCGCUUCAACUUGACUCCGAAUGUCGAGAAAUGAGAUUGAAAUUUGUGAGAGGUGAAGAUAUAUAUCUUUUCUCGCACGCUUUUCAAGUGCUUCGUGCUACUUUUGAAUUUAGCGACAAUACACUCGAGCUAGCAAAUAAUCAUGCUUUGGAAAGCAGCGUUGAAUCCAAUUCUGAGCAUGGACUCACACAAGUGAAGACAGAGACCAAAAGACCAUUCCUUAAGCCCAUAAAAAUUACUCGAAAGUUCGUUUCCUUGGAUAAUUCCAACUCUUCGGAACAAUUUGUGGCUCCAUUUCAUUAUAAGAGAUUUAGACAAUCCGUUUCUGGUCAGGAUAAAAGAUGCAUGGAUAAGAAAUUAUGGGCCAACAUUAUUUUUUGUCGCCAAAAGGUGGCUGAAUUUAGAUUGCUACCAGUCUAUGAUAGCCACACGCAAGCACUUGAUAGCUUCCGCGAGUGCUUCAAAUUUUGUCGAGAAAAUUAUGCGGUCGUGGCUAGAAAACAGAUCUUGGAGUAUGUGACUCACUUGAUCGAGACAAGAAACGAGAUUUUAUCCAUUUUCGAACUUUUAGUGGAUGUUGGUUAUGGAUAUACCACCCUUCUUGACUUUCUCGUCCAUACCCCCGAGUCAACAGAAUCUUUGCAUGAGGCUCAGAGUCGGUUAACAAAGUUGUUAGCUACACUUACAAGUACUUGUGCCCGCUUGAAUGAGGUUCAUCUUUCGAUUGCAUACAUGAAAGAAGACUUCACCAGAUACGUUAGCACAAUGGUCGACCUCGCACAAACUGCUGUUCUCGGGAGAAUCGAGAGUACGGACACGUAUCAAGAUUUUUGUCUGGUGAGCUUGGACAUCCUGGCAGACGUCAGCGACUGGCACAAACACUCUCAGUUUGAUUUAUUCAUUAAUGAGCUGGAGUUUUUGAUGGAUCGCAUGGAACUCUUUCAAGCAUCAACACUCGAGGAUGUGUUGAAUACGUUACUGAACUCACACAAUAUUGUUUGUGGAGUCAGAGCAAGCCUAGAACUGAAUGUCCUGAAAAUCGAAUCCGGAAUUGCCAGAAGAAAGCGCGAGCAAGCCAAUCAAAAAGGUCCCCAAGGUACUUCUGACCAUGUUUUGACUCAAAAAUUUCAUGAUACAGCGCCAGUGGCCGCACAAGAAAUAUUUCUUGUGCCUGAAGGAAAUGCACUCAGUUCUUCGGAAGCAUAUCUGUAUCAAGAAUAUGUGAGCUGUCUCUCGUUGACUGAGUAA